AUGAGGGAAGUUCACUGGUCAUGUGUAGCGUGUCUGUUUCUAAUUGGUUUUAACGUCUGCUGGAUCCAGGAACUGAUGGAUUUAGGCAUUAGCGAUCUCAUUAUUUUCCGUCAUACAGGUGUCGGUGAUGUUGUUGUUGUCGGUGCUGCUGUAAAUGAUGUUGUUGUUGUUGAUGUUUAUGAUUAUAAUGAUGAUGACGACGAUGAUGCAGACGAUGCAGACGAGAACGAUAAUGAAGACGAUGGUUGCCUGUUGAGCAAUAAUUAUUGUUUUAAAACACAUUAA